CGUUUUGACUCAGUUUGACGUUAUCAUUCCGAUGAAAAGCAUCAACCUCCUCCUCCUCCUUUGUGGUGUCUAAGCGGGGUCGUUUGCGGCUUAGCAGCACGGCGUGGCACAGCUGGCAAAUCCUUCCACACUACCUACAACAACAGCAAAAAAACACACGAAAAUAGGUUGUGUACUAUUUUUAAAGCCAGUUGAUUGAACUCUUUGGGACGUCCUCGACCUUAGAGCAGUGUUUCUUUUGGUGUAGAAUAAAAAUAGCACGUGCGCAAUAGCCAUCAACCCACCGAAAAACAAGUACCUUUUCGUGUGUGAAAUUAAGAUUUUGUUUGUUUUGUGUGUUUUGUGUGAGAAGAAAAAAUUGUGAAUCCAUGCAGCACAUCAUGGAAGCCAAAGAAGAUAUGCCGAAAAAUGAUACCAUUAAGCUCCGCAACAAGCAUAUCGGCAAAUCGUGCCAACUCUUCUACAAGACAGAUCCUUUGAAAAUAGUUCGCGGCCAAGGGCAGUACAUGUACGACGAGGAGGGAACCCAGUACCUUGACUGUAUCAACAACGUCGCCCAUGUUGGCCACUGCCACCCCAAGGUGGUGGAAGCCGGAUCUCGCCAGCUGGCAACGCUGUCCACCAACAAUCGCUUCCUGCACGACGAGCUGGUCAAGUGUGCCCAAACGCUGGCGGCAAAGAUGCCCGGCGAUCUGUCCGUUUGCUACUUUGUCAAUUCCGGCUCGGAGGCGAACGAUCUGGCGCUAAGGCUGGCACGCCAGCACACCAAACGGCACGAGGUCAUCACGCUGGAUCAUGCCUACCACGGUCACGUAUCCGCCGUGAUGGACAUCUCGCCGUACAAGUUUAACCAACCGGGCGGCGAUCCGAAGCCGGACUUUGUGCACGUCGCACCCUGCCCGGACGUGUAUCGUGGCAAGAUCCGGGAUUGCGAUUUUCCCGAGGGUACUGAUCUGGGCCAGCUGUAUGCGGACGAGGUAGCGCGACUGGUCGAAAGCAGCCCGAGCGGCAUCGCGGCCUUUAUUGCCGAAAGUUUGCAGAGUUGUGGUGGACAGAUUAUCCCGCCGAAGGAUUACUUCAAGAAGGUGUACAAGAUUAUCCGCGAUGCCGGAGGUGUCACGAUUGCCGAUGAGGUUCAGGUGGGCUUUGGCCGCAUUGGCACCCACUACUGGGCCUUUGAGCCGCACGAGGUCAUUCCAGAUAUCGUGACCGUGGCCAAACCGAUGGGCAAUGGACAUCCGGUCGGCGCCGUCGUCACCACGCCGGAAAUUGCCGAAAGCUUUGCUUCCACCGGAGUUUGCUACUUUAAUACCUACGGUGGAAAUCCAGUCUCCUGUGCGAUAGCGAACGCCGUUAUGCGGGUCAUCGACGAAGAAAAGCUCCAGGAAAACGCUUUAAAUGUGGGCAAGUACCUACUAGAACAGUGUCGUGCGUUGCGUUUCGAGUACGAAAUGGUCGGCGACAUCCGCGGGACGGGGCUGUUUGUGGGUAUCGAGCUGGUUACGAAUCGUAAGGCGCGAACACCGGCCACCAAGACCGCCAAAGCUGUGGUGGAUCGGAUGAAGAAGGUGCACAAAAUUCUCGUCAGCAGUGACGGGCCGGACGAUAACGUGAUCAAGCUGAAGCCCCCGAUGGUGUUCAACGCCGCGAAUGCGGACCAGUUUUUGUACGCAAUACGAGAAUGUUUGAGCUUUAUGGAGAAUCUAGAAAAGGGCCAGGUGAACGGAGGCAGCGAGUCGAGAUCGACGGUUCCGAUGCCGGCAUCGGUCACCGGAGGGUUGUGUAAUCUGGCCAACGGCGCCCUCAGUGAAAAGCGUGAUCAAAUGAUCAAGUCUGUUUGAAGCUUCACGACCGGUUUUAACUGAUUUAUAUAUUUUAAAUAACGAAGCAAUAAUACUUAUUUGUUUUAAAAAUAGGUAAGAAAUAAACCAUACUCUUAAAAUUUUAAA